AUGUCCGAAGAACAAAAUGGGGAUCGUCACAACGAUAUCGAAACUAAAUUGGAUUUAAUCGGUAAAGACGAUAUUGACGGGAAUAUUUCAACUUCUAUUGACGUGCCUGAUGGAGGAUAUGGAUGGUUUAUUCUUCUGGCUUUUAUUCUGUACAACUUUUCUACUUGGGGGGCAAACUCUGGUUAUGCUAUUUAUUUAGCACAUUACUUAGAAGAUAAUACUUUUGCUGGUGGUGGUAAAUUAGACUAUGCUUCUAUAGGUGGGCUAGCAUUCAGUUGUGGGCUUUUUUUUGCCCCAGUUAUAACAUGGCUUUAUCAUAUAUUUCCGAUUCAACUCAUUAUAGGCUUAGGAAUACUGUUCCAAGGAGCGGCGCUUCUUCUAGCAGCCUUUUCUGUGACGCUGUGGGAAAUAUAUCUCACACAAGGUGUUUUGAUCGCAUUUGGUUUAGCAUUUAUUUUUAUACCCAGUGUCACACUCAUCCCGCUAUGGUUCAGAAACAAAAGAGCUUUAGCCUCUGGCAUAGGAACUGCCGGAAGUGGGUUGGGCGGCAUUGUCUUUAACUUAGGAAUGCAAAGUAUUCUAGAAAAGAGGGGUGUUAAAUGGGCGCUCAUUGCCCAGUGUAUAAUAUGCACAUCACUGAGUACUAUCGCGCUUAUGUUGACCAGAACGAGACAUCAAGGUUUAUGUCAGCAUAAAAAAUCUUACAAGUUUGAAUUGCUAGAUCACGAUGUGCUUUCAAACUUUGCGGUCUGGCUACUUUUUGGAUUUGUAUCAUUUGCUAUGUUAGGAUAUGUUGUCCUUUUGUAUUCCUUGUCUGAUUUUACCGUUAGUUUAGGUUAUACCAGCAAGCAAGGCUCAUACGUAUCAUGUAUGGUGAGCGUCGGAUCUUUGAUAGGACGACCAAUAGUGGGCCAUAUUGCUGAUAAAUAUGGACCACUAACGGUUGGUAUGAUAUUGCACCUUGUCAUGGCUAUCCUUUGUUGGGCCAUGUGGAUACCUUGUAGGAAUUUGGCUACUGCGAUAGCUUUUGGGUUAUUGGUUGGUUCUAUUAUGGGAACGAUUUGGCCAACAAUUGCCUCAAUUAUUGCACGCAUUGUUGGUCUUCAGAAGCUUGCAGCUGCUUUUGGCAUUACCUGGAUUUUUAUUGCAGCUUUUGCCUUGGUUGCUCCCAUAAUUGGUCUGGAACUUCGUGCAGUCAAUACGAAUGGAAACGAUUAUUAUCGUACAGCAAUAUUCGUGGGUUUUGCAUACUUCGGUGCUAGUCUGUGCCAGUGGCUAUUGAGAGCAUUUAUAAUAGCUCGGGAUGAGAUUGCUGUGCGUGGGGGUUAUUCAGCUGACCAAAAUGAAUUACACUUAAACGUUAAGAUGACACAAAUGAGUAAAUGUCUUUUUCGUUACAAGCAAUUACCUAGGAAAGUUUAA